AUGAAAAAAUUUUCUCCUCUAGUAUUCUUAAUUUUAGUGGUCUAGUUAACUGCUAAAAAAUUACCAAUUAAACAUAUUGUUGUUUUGAUGAUGGAAAAUCGUUCUUUUGAUCAUCUACUAGGAUGGAUGACUCUUGGAGGCUAAUAUGGUAAUAAGAAUGUUAACGGCUUAACAGGAAAUGAAUGUAAUUUUUCUUUGAAUGGAACUAAAAUAUGUGUUUAGCCAAAUGCUUAAGAUUGCAGUGCCUAUGAUCCUGGGCAUGAGCCAUAAACUACAACAGAAAGAAUAUUUAACUGUGUAUACAAGCCUUAAGAUUCUAAUUCUGAAGAUCCUUGUGUAAAUCAUUCUUCUUUAAAGUAACAGCCUAAUAUGUUGGGAUUUGUAGCUGCUGCUGAAAGAGAAGGAGAUGAUGGUUUGACUGAAAUGACUAGCUUCUUGCCUUAAGACAUACCUAUCUUAAGUACCCUUGCAAACGAAUUUGCUCUAUUUGAUCAUUACUUUUCCAGCUAUCCUGGUUGUACUAAUCCUAAUAGAAUGUUUGUUCAUAUGGGAACUUGUGAUGGAUGUGUAGAUAACGAAUAAGAAAGAGGAUAAAUAAAGAAUACUACUCUCUAGGAAGUUCUUGAAAAAAAUGGCCUCUCAUGGAAAUAUUAUUAUGAAGAUGAUCCAGUAGAGUGGUUCCUUUGGAUUGAAUAUUUUAAUUAAAAUUUCAAUAACACUGCAAAAGUAGCAUAAAUGGAAUAGUUUUAUACUGAUGCUCAAAAUGGCAAUUUAGCUAACUAUACAUUCAUCAAUCCUACUGAAACUGUUAGACCUAAUAUGAAUAAUACUAGAUCAUUUGGAUUACCAAAUGAUUAACAUCCUGAUCAUAGUGUUAAAGAAGGUGAAAGAUUGAUGAAGAAUGUCUAUGAAGCUCUUAGAAAUGGACCUAAAUGGAAUGAAACCCUCUUUAUCAUUACUUAUGAUGAGCAUGGCGGUUUUUAUGAUCAUGUACCUCCUCCUCAAGAAGGUGUGCCUAAUCCUGAUGGUAAAGUGAAUGCAGAAGGAUUUAAUUUUGAUAGACUUGGUAUCAGAGUACCUACAAUUGUUAUUUCUCCUUGGAUUGAGAAAGGAUUGCUAAUUAAAGAGCCUCAACAAUAGUAGAAACCAUUUAACACUUCUUAAUUCGAACACAGUUCUAUUAUUUCAACUGUAAUGAAGAUUUUCAAUCUAGAAUACAACUUCUCUAAGAGAACUGAAUGGGCAGCAACAUUUGAUGACAUUAUUAAUAGAACUUCUCCUAGAACUGAUUGUCCUACAUAAUUAGCUUAUAUUCCUCCUCCAACUAAACCUGAAGUAGCUCAAAUUUAUUCAAGAAACAUUAAACCUACUGUUGUUUCAAAAGUCAAAAGAAUGUGCAAAGAAUAUAGGUCAAACGAUCCUCAUUGUGGUAAAAAUAUUAAAACUUUCAGAGAUUAUGCCUCAUUUUUAGAAAUUGAAAUGAAACAUCUAUCUUCUUGA